GUCUCAAUAUUGUCUUCAUUGCCAUUCAUUAAAGUCUUUGUUUUUCAUUUGUUUCUCUCAUUUCAUCGCAUUUUAAGUUAUUUUAUUUAUCGUUACUUUUUUUACCUAAUCUUCAGUAUUAUUUUGAAUGCAAUGACAAUCAUAUCAUUUGUUUAUUAAUCACUUUUAAUGAGUAUUUUUUAUUGUGAUUUUAUGAUUCAUUUUUGCAUUAAUUUUUGUAUUAAUCAACAAAACAAUUGUCUGUGAAAUGAGUGUUGCCUUCAAAUCAAUUAUUAAUGGUUUCAAUGACUGAUUGAAUGGUUUCAUGGAUUUAAGUGAUAAAUGGAUGGCAAACGGCGAAGACAUGAAUGACACGAACCAAUUGAACGCUACUAAUGACAACACGACUAUCGGAUCAGUUGGAAGUAUCACAAGUAUUGGUCCCAAAAAGAUCAUUAGAAAUCUGGCCCUCAAGAGAAUCAAAGAAGUGAUUCCUCUGGAGAAUAAGGUAAAGCUCGACCGAGUUCUCGGACUCACCGUUUCAAGCAAUGCAUCCCUUGAUUGCGAUCCAUCCACUAAUUGUAUAGUAUAUCCGGCCGGAUGUGUGUUAGUUGUUUAUAACAUCCGCCGAAAUAAGCAAAUUCAUACAAUCAAUACCUCUAAAAAGCCUAUAACUGCUGCAAAGUUUUCAAAUGAUGGCAAAUAUAUCGUCACCGGAGAGUGCGGACAUCAGCCACACGUGCGGGUUUGGGACGCCUCCACCUGCGAACAAGUGGCCGCAUUUGCCGGACAUAAAUUUGGCAUCAAUUGUGUGGCGUUCUCUCCAAACAACAAAUAUGUGGUGUCUGUGGGUUCCCAACACGACAUGAUUGUCAAUGUGUGGGACUGGAAGAAUAAUCUGAAGAUUGCCUCCAAUAAGGUGUCGAGUAAAGUGAAAGCACUAUCUUUUGCGAGCAAUGGUCAAUAUUUUGUAACUGUCGGCAACAGACACGUGAAAUUCUGGUAUUUGGAGUAUUCCAAGUCUUCGCGAAGCAAAUUCGAGUCGUUGCCAUUGAUGGGCAGAUCUGCCAUUUUGGGCGAUCAGCGCAAUAACUACUUCUGUGAUGUGUCGUGCGGUCGACCCAAUAUGUCUGACUCGACGUAUGCCAUCACCAAAUCUGGUCUAUUAUGUGAAUUCAACAGUAGAAGACUUCUCGACAAAUGGGUUGAAUUAAGAACAACGAGUGCCAAUUGUAUCAGUAUUAGUGAACAGUUAAUAUGCGUGGGAUGUGCUCAAGGAAUUGUCAGGUGCUUUAACCCAAAGACACUGCACUUCGUAUGCACUCUUCCGCGACCCCACUCUCUCGGCAUUGACAUCGCCAGAGGAUUCACCAGAAAUGAUUUGAACGCAAGCUCUUCGACAAACAGUAACGUGAAAUAUGCCGACACUAUAGCUGUGUCUUUGGAUGAAACCAAUGAAGUGGUCACUUGUAUUUACGGCGAUAGAAGUAUUUACUUCUGGACUAUUUCUAAUAUGAAAAAGAUAGGAAAAUUGCAUUCUUUUUUAUACCAUUCGAGUUGUAUUUGGGCCGUUGAGACAUUCCCCACUUUGCCGGACAGUGCCAAACAACUGCUGCCUUCGGGCACUUUCCUCACGUGUUCCUCUGACGAUACGAUUCGUAUUUGGAAUUUAGAUGUUCUCAAAGGCUCUCAAGACUCUAAUUAUGUCUACAAAAGAAAUAUAUUCAGCGCAGAGUUACUCAAGAUUUUAUAUAUGGAUCCGGAGUUGACAUACAUUUGCGACGUUGACGUCAAUCCCAAUGAGAAUAACGAGAAACAAGACACUACUUAUGACGGCAAGAAUGGCGUCCGAUCCCUAAAGUUAUCGCACGAUGGCAAACAUUUGGCCUCCGGCGAUCGUUCGGGAAAUAUAAGAAUAUUUGAUUUGGAACUACAGCAAGACUUAUGCAAAAUAGAAGCUCACGAUUCGGAAGUGCUUUGUUUAGAGUAUUCAGAAGAGCAUAACUUCGGAGGAAAGUCACUGCUGGCCUCCGCCAGUCGGGACCGACUCAUCCAUAUUUUUGAUGUUAAACAACAGUAUUCAUUUGUACAAACAAUGGACGAUCACUCGUCAUCGAUAACUGCCGUUAAGUUUGUUCGCAAUAAUGAACACAAGAAUCUGCAAAUGAUUAGCUGUGGGGCCGACAAGUCUGUCAUUUUUAGGAAAGGCGUUGGUAUUAAUGGACAGCCAUUUAACUUUGUGAGAGAGCAUCAUAUCGUUGGAAAGACUACUCUUUACGAUAUGGAAGUGGAUGUCGAACAGAAUUUUGCAUUGACUGCAUGUCAGGACCGCAUGAUUAGAGUAUAUGACGUGAAAUCUGGGAAAAAUACAUCCAAUUUUAAGGGUUCUCAAGGAGAUGACGGAACGCUAAUCAAAAUAGCUCUCGACCCCAGCGGACAGUUUAUUGCCACAAGUUGUACCGAUAAAAGCUUAUAUAUUUAUGACUAUCAAUCGGGAGAAUGUUUGGCCGCAACCAGUGGUCACUCAGAAUUGGUUACUGGACUCAAGUUUUCGCAAAACGGCAGGAAUUUGAUAUCAGUUUCGGGCGACGGAUGCGUUUUUAUUUGGAAACUUCCCAAUGAAAUGGUUAACACAAUUGCAUCGAAACUCGGAUUACCAUCGGUUCCGUUGGUUGAAACCUCAAAAAUAGAGACUCCGAUCAAAACUCCUAUCAUUAAUAACGAUAACAACGAAGAGAACUCAUUGAAUGGCAACAACUCUUCAUCGCUCUAUCGUUUUAAUCUCAAAUCAUUACCUCUUUGGGCGAAGAAGCAAAUGGUAGAAGAGUUGAAGCGCGACCCCAAUAGCAAGGAAUCAGAGACAUCAGCAAAGCCUGCAGUGCCCGCGAAGGGGCGUUGGGCUCAGCGAAUGGAAAACAGUCAAAACCUAGUCGUGAAAUCAUAUUUGACUGAAGACACUGUCAUCCCUUACCCGACCGCCAAAACCCGGAACUCAAAUGAUUUUGAAACCGAUAAAGAUUUGAAUAUUAGGCCACAGAAUGACAAAAAUGGUGACUCACGCUAUCGAACGACAGACUCUUCUUCUGCGAGUAGUUUCACCCGCGAAGACGAGGACGACAUGAAUACUACAGAUAGCGAUAAUAUGGGUUAUUCUAAUGACAAGAUCUCGGGUUCGAUGUUUAAAGUGAACGAAUCUCCAGACAAUCAUCGAAACAGAAAGUCUAAAAGUACUUUAAAGCGUUAUUCAGGCAUUGGUGUCAUGCCGUCUAUAAGUGUUCCCAACUUUAACGAACUUCACAGCGACGAAGACGACGAGUCCAACACCACUGCUGGUGAUAGUGAUCGCAGCGCCAACAUUAAGAACUCCAUGUAUAUAAGCACUGAGAAUUUGGAUCGUAUCGAUCAGAGAGAGAAAUAUUUAAAGAGUGCUUUUGAGAAUUUGGAUAAAUUAAAUGACAGCCAAUUAUCGGAUAAAACUAUGAAUGGAUCCGAUUCUCUGACACCCAAUCGAUCGAGUAUUUCGUCGAAAUAUCAUUCAAAAGCUCCUAUUAGUAGCAAUGGUUCGCCAAACGAUGAAAGAGUAGGUAAAGUGAGCAAUAAUAGGACUCCAUUGACUUCGAAGCCACCCAUUACUAAACGAAGGGAAGAACUAACGAAAGCAAUCAGUGAAGCGCGAAAGAAACUCCAAACGUUGGGAUGGAAGGGCUCGGCUUUGAGUAACUCUAAGAGUGUGGCAAAUCUAAGAGACUAUAACUAUGAGCCAGAAUUGAAAGAUAUGAAUGGAAAUGACGAUUCUGCACCUCUUUGGGAGAAGAAUCGGAACCAAAGCGAUGGCAUGUCUCGCAGCUCGAGUUCGAGUACAUUAAAUAAAAUCGAAAGCAUUAAAUCGGGUUCUUUAAGGGGUAAAGGAUUGUGGAGUAACAGCGCAUCGCAGGCCUCUCUGCGCCCUAAUCUCAAUUCUGGGCGUUUGAGUGCUCCGCCGACUCCUAUCAAAAAACCAAUCGAUUCUUAUUCCAGUGGACACAGAGAGAGCUCUGACGACGAGUCCAUGUCUUCGUCAUCAGAUGAGAAACCGUCGCGUUUUGCCCGACCUGUCACUCCUCCCAAACCCAAUAUUCUUAAACAGAUUCGCAGAUCUUCUACGAGUCAAACGAUUCCGCAAAUUAAAGAACCGACGACUCACUCGCAUACCAGAAGUCGACGGCUUUGGAGUAAUGAUAUGCGCUCUUCAAAGAGUGAAUUCAAUUUGUCAAACAUUGGAAGAGAAACACCCGUUAAGUUGCGGAGCAAUAGCUCGUCCUCUGGAAGUGGUUUGUGGGCGACGUCUCCUCUGCCUCUCAUUCAAAAUGAAAGACUUGAUCUUUCGAUGACAAACCCGUCAACUAUUCCUCUAACUCAAGAACUCUGUCAACUAGUGGUUAACGAAAUGAAUUCAAUCUCGAAAUACGCGCUCAGAAUACUGGAGCGUUCAGUAGAGACCGGAAACGUAAAUAUGAGACAUUUCUUAAGUGAAAACAUAUCGAAAACUUGUCAAAGUUUGCAACAAUCCAUUGGGACGACACCUCUCACACCGCGUGAAACACUGGUGUCGGCCACCAAUCAAUCCAACAUUCCGUACAACGAUUCCAAUUAUAGUCUUCCGCCGGAAAGUAUGACACAAGCGAUGACUUUAUUACAGCAAUACUCCGACAAAUUGCUUAAUUUAGUCGAACAGAGAAUCACUAAAAAGGAGUGAUUUCUCAAUAAUUUUGUAAAACAUAACUAAAAAACACAAUUUUUUAGUGCCUUUCCAUUAGGACUUGCCUUUCAUUAAGUUUGCCUUAAAAUUCCGUUUUUAAUUCCAAUCAUAGCAUGAGUUUAUUUAAUUAUAAAAUACAUUAUAGAUCUCUAUUUUAUGCUUCCAUUUGUAACAUACAUACAAUACAAAAUGCAUUCAAUCCA